AAGACUAGAGAAUCAUUGUCCCACACUCCCGAGUCCUAAUCGUAUCUGCUCUCGGUUUCAGUUUCAGUUUCGUAACCCACGUGCGAUGCCAACACAGUACUCCUGACGUCAACAAUGUGGUCGUCCUCGGCGACGGACUCGGAACAGCCGUCGCCGAAUCUCAUCCCCUCCCUCCCGGACGACGUCGCUUUGAACUGCUUGGCUCGCGUUCCUCGUUCCCAACACUUAUCCCUGUCGCUCGUUUCCAAACCCUUCCGCUCCCUCCUCUCUUCGUCCGUCUUCUUCAACGUUCGUUCUCUGCUUCAAUGUAGGGAACACGUUCUUUACCUGGCUCUGCGCCCUCAUGGUCCCGAUGGUCAUCUUCUAUGGUUCUCUCUCCAUCGGAACACUCUCAGUUCUUCACGCCCAAACCUCCUCGUUCCUAUUACACCCAUGCCCACCUCUUAUGCCGGAUCAGCUUAUGCAGUCAUCGGCUACAAUAUUUACGUUAUCGGCGGUUCUAUCGACAACAUCCCUUCCCCGCAUGUAUGGAUCCUCGAUUGCCGAUUUAAUACGUGGCAGCCCGGCCCUAGCAUGAGCGUCGGCCGUGAGUUCGCAGCCGCGGCCGUUGUCGAUGGGAAGAUUUAUGUCAUGGGAGGCUGCGUCGCUGAUACUUGGGCCAGAUCGACGAAUUGGGCUGAGGUACUCGAUCCGGCGAAGGGUAAGUGGGAUCCGGUUCCAAGUCCUGUUGAUUUCCGGUGGAAAUGGAUGCAUGCGUGCGCGGUCGUGGAUGGUAAGGUUCAUGCCAUGGCCGAUCGCGGUGGGGUUGUGUAUGACACACGGAAUGAGGUUUGGGAAAGCGUUGGGAUUGAGCUUGAUCUGGGAUGGAAAGGGAGGGCAAGCGUGGUGAAUGAUGUUUUAUAUUGCUACGAUUAUCUAGGGAAUAUCAAGGGAUUUUAUAUGAAGAAAGGUUUUUGGAAGGAUGUGAGAGGCUUGAAAAAGGACUUGCCGAAGUUUCUGUGUGGGGCAACCAUGUGUGAUGUUGGUGGGAAAUUGCAUGUGCUAUGGGAAGAAAAGAUUGGGAAAGAAAUUCAUAUUUGGUGUGCCGGAAUUGAGGUGACUAAAAAUGAAGAAGAUGAAUUAUGGGGCAAAAUUGCUUGGUCUGAUAAAGUUCUCACAGUCAAUAAAGGGUCGUCAAUGGUGUAUUGUACAGGAGUUCCGUUGUGAAUUGAUUAUGAGCUUGUGUUUGGUAAUGAGGGAUCCCGUUCUGCUGAUCGUGGGAGGAAAAGGCAUCAUAAGUAUGUUUGACAAGGUCACACUAGACUUCUCUUGCUGUAAUCUCGGAGGAUAUGCAUCAUUUUUUCAUGGGAUUCACAACCACCUGAGCAGAGAUCAUCCACUUGAACCCCAUCUGGGAAGCUUUUGCGCUCGGUUUUUGGCAGGAAGCCAAUGAAUAGUUUUAACUUCUCAUAUGUAGGACAAUCCCAUAUCACUCUCCAAAUCAUAAUUUAGUGUAUCAACUUAUAUUAUCAUACUUAAAACAACAUACAUCAUAUAUUGUAUAAACAUGUAUUAUCAAACUUAAAACAACAUACUAAAAUAAGUAUAUCUCUAGUGUUUUAUUGACUAAUGGCUGGAGCUCCAUGGAGUCUUGUUUUCAUGCCUGCUCCGUCCCUCUAAGCUUGUGACUCAGAAGGGGGCUUCUUUUUUCCUUUUCGUUUUCUGUUUAAUUCCAAUCUUCUAAUCUUGCUGCGCAGCAGAGAAGCAGCAACUCUUGCUUUUGUUUUCAGUUAAAUGGUUAAGAGGUCAUACAUGUGGUCAAUAUCAAUAAUCAAGUGGAAUAGUUGAUUGUCUCCACUUUUUUUAUGCCAGCUUUUGAGCUUCUGCCCUUGUAGUUUAAAGCAUUGAUAGCAGUGAUAGUGAACCCCGAAGGCACAGAGUGCCUCUUCGUUGUUCAUUGGAUAUAACUACUCUUGUGUAUUCUGUGGCCUGUCUUUUGGAGGAAUGACGAUGAGCGAAUGUGCUUAGCACAAUGAAGACUUGAGUAUAGGGUCAUUUUCAGUCAUGAGUCAUAAUGCUUUUCUCACUGCUGGACUGUAAUUUAUUUUGUCUUGAACGUGUAUAAAUAACGUCAUCUUGGUAAAAAGGUUUUGUCCCCAUUUAGUUAUAUAUUUAUU